UAAAAUUAUCGCUAUUGUUAAAAAUAAUAAUAUGGAAGUAGCAAUGUAUGUAGAAAUACCCAAAGGCAGUUCGGACAAGUAUGAAUAUAAUCCAGAUACUAAAAAAUUAGAAUUAGAUAGAGUUUUGUCAGUUGCUAUGUAUUAUCCGGAAAAAUAUGGUCUUAUUUUUGGAACUUUGGCACCAGACGGAGACGCAUUAGACGUCGUUUGCUUAACUGAAAAGACUGGUGGGGCAGGAGAAUAUAUUAAGGUGCGAAUUAUUGGAGUUUUAAGAAUGACUGACAACGGCGAGCAGGACGACAAAUUAAUAGGG